AUGCCUCGGAUCUCAGAAGCGGUCAAACAAGACCAUGCUCUUAUCAAGCGCGCCUUUCGUCGCCUUCGGGAAGCCGACCCGGACACCCGCAGGCCCGAAGAGUUCGUCUGGGCUUUAGACCGAUACCUCAUAGUGGAGGAUCUCGUUGUGUCCCCAGCUCUUGAUAGCCACAUUGCACAUGGAGGCGAGAGACACCGAAGGCUAUCCGAAGACUUUGACAGCAUGAACGCAAAGUUACGGCACAUGCACAGGUUUAAGCCCGCUGAGCCCAGCUUCAACUCGUCACUCAGCGCCAUCUGGGUUGACCUGGAGCCUCACAUCAAAGAGGAGACCAGCGGGGACCUAAGCCUGCUUGAGGAGAGCCUGUCAAAGUCCGACUCGGAGGCACUGGGACAGAAGUACGAGGAUAUCAAGGAGCUUCUGCAGCGACCAUACGGGAUGAACGGUGUUCCCGAUGAGAGGACCCUGUCCGCUAUUUUGGAGAUGCCCCGGCAAGAGCUGAUGGUGAAACUUGGAGUUUCAGGGGAGUAG